AUGGACAAAGCAAGUAUAUCACCCCAGCCCAUCUUCGUCCUGAGCACGACAAGCUUGUCCGACAUCGACAAAGCAUCGGCCACCGGAGAGCAAACAGAUGGGGACGUUGGGUCCGCGAUCCCUACUAUCGAGACAUCAGUUGAAGAUAUGAACAACGAGAAACCAAACUCCCUGGCUCGGCAGCCAACGGCCACCUCUAAAUCUGGGCAGAGGAUACAGCAGGUGCAAACCCGAGAGGAUGGGGCCGAAUAUCCUACCGGCAUGACGCUCAGCCUGAUCGUGCUUGCUUUGUGUCUCAGUGUCUUCACAAUGGCCCUGGACAACUCCAUCAUCGCCACUGCCAUUCCCAAGAUCACAGAUCAGUUCCAGAGUCUUCCCGAUGUUGGUUGGUACGGUAGUGCUUAUCUACUCACGACCGCCGCGCUUCAACUGCUCUUUGGCAGAUUCUACACCUUCUUCAGCAUCAAAUGGGUCUAUCUUCUUGCCAUCUUCAUCUUUGAGGUCGGCAGCCUGAUCUGUGCCGUGGCCAACAACAGCGUCACUCUGAUCAUCGGGCGUGCCGUGGCCGGCGUCGGCGCAGCGGGCAUCUUCUCGGGCGCUUUGACAAUCCUGGCCUACUCGGUGCCUCUUAGCAAGCGCCCCAUCUACACCGGAGCAAUCGGCAGCAUGUACGGGCUGGCGUCCAUCUCAGGGCCACUAAUGGGCGGUGCAUUCACGGACCACGUUACAUGGCGGUGGUGUUUCUGGAUCAACCUGCCCGUCGGCGCCGUGACCAUGAUCGUCAUCCUCAUCUUCUUCCCGGACCCCAAGCGCCAGCUCCGCAACCAGGACGACACGCUCCGGCAACGCGUCAUGAGAUUCGACCCCUUUGGGUCGGCCGUCUUCAUGCCCGCCAUCAUCUGCCUGCUCCUCGCUCUGCAGUGGGGCGGCACCACGUAUCCCUGGAACAACUGGCGCAUCAUCCUCCUCUUCUGCCUCUUUGGCGUGCUGAUCAUCAUCUUCGUCUUCGUGCAGUACAAGCAGCAGGACAUGGCCACGGUGCCGCCUCGCAUCUUCCUCAAGCGCAGCGUCUGGUCCUCGGGCUUCUUCAUCCUGUGCAUCGGCGGCGCCUUCCUCGGAUCCGCCUACUACCUGCCCAUCUGGUUCCAGUCGGUCAAAGACGCCAGCGCCGUUGGCUCGGGCAUCAUGAACCUCCCCGCGCUGGUGGCCGUGGUGCUGGCGUCGGUCAUCGCCGGCGCGGCCGUCACCAUGUGGGGGUACUACACGCCCUUCAUGAUCGCGGGCAGCGUGCUGGCGUCGAUCGGAUACGGCCUCACGACAACCUUCACCCCGGACACGGGCAGCGGGGCCUGGAUCGGCUACCAGAUCCUCCUGGGCGCGGGAAUCGGCAUCGGCUUCCAGCAGCCGCUGAUCGCGGUGCAGACGGUGCUCGACAUUGACGACGUGCCCACGGGCGCGUCGCUGACGAUUUUCCUGCAGACGCUCGGCGGCGCCCUGUUCGUCGCCGUCUCGCAAAACGUCUUUGCCAACAAGCUGGUCGAGUACGUCGCUGCCUACGUGCCUGAGAUCCCGGACCCGACCUUCGUCCUCGGCCUGGGCGCCACGCGCGUGCAGGAAGUGGUCGACCCGGCCUUUUUGCCGGGGGUGACGCUGGCCUUCAACAAUGCGCUGACGCAGACCUUUAUGGUCUUUGCUGGCCUCUCGGCCGUGAGCAUACUCGGCGCUAUGUUUGUUGAGUGGAAGAGCGUCAAGGGGAAGCCCAUGGAGUUCGCGGCUGCAUGA